CAUCAUCCUCCAACACACCAGAUGGCGUCCCUCACGCCGUCGAUGCGGCAGUUCAGCACGUGUCUGCGAUGCGUUCGACAGGUUCCCUCGGCCAAUGGCGCGCAGCAACGCCUGCUCUCGUCCUCGGCCGCCGCCCGUGAAGAAGUGCGGGCCCAGCCGACUGCCUCCUCGACUCCUCCGCCGCCGCCCCAGUCCGCUUCAGAUGCUUCCGCAGCGUCCGUGCAAGAGGUCCCCGAAUUCAUGCAGAAGUGGGGAAAGCUAGACCCCGAGACGGUGGAGAACAAGAAGCAGGAGCGCCGUCUGCUGAGGAGAGAAGGCGUCCAGCCUGUGGGUUCUCGUCGUCGCCGUGCGGCCCUGCGAAUGUCCGCUGUCCGCAAGACCGAGGAGAUCCCCUUCGAGCAGCUGCCGUACCAGUGCUUCCAGGAGGCCAGGAAGUUCCUGCAGGAGGACAGGCAGGAGAAGCUGAAGGAGAUCAAGACCCAACAGCAGCGCAUACAAGCUACUGCAGAAUCCAAUGCUAGCGUGCAGUCAAAGAGGGACCGGAUAGCGAGGAUGAAGAUGCACUUGAACGACCUGAUCAUCGCGGCGGACAUCAACGACCCUGUAGUGAAGAGGAAGUUCGAGGACGGGCAAGGCGACAUGAACAAGCCCAUCUAUCGUCAUUUGGCCGAGAAGAAGUGGCGUGAAUUCAAGCGCAAGGUCCUCGAGCAGCGCGUUACUCAAUUAUCCGUUGUCCCUGACUUACUUGGAUCUUUGGACCUCGUCGCAGAUAUCGACCUGUCAUUUGGGCGAAAGACCGUGGCCCCCGGCGACUUCGUUGAGUCCGACAUCAGCGAGAAGAUGCCUACUCUGCACGUGCAGACAUUUACCCCCGGUGAGAAGCUGGUGACCGUCGCGGUCGUGGAUGCAGACGUCCCUGUACCACAGGAGGACGGCUUCACCACGCGCUGCCAUUUCAUCGCCUCCAACAUCCGCAUCUCGCCUAGCGAGACUUCGAUCCCUCUGCAGCGCAUUGCUGAGGAUGACAGGAAGAGCACCGACGACAAGAAGGUUGCUCUCCCGUGGGUUGCACCAUGGGCGCACAAGGGCGCACCUUACCACCGUCUGGCUGUCGUGGUGCUUGAGCAGGACCAGGCGAAGAAGUUCGACGUUUCGAAGCUCAGCACCAUUGAGCGCGAUGGCUUCAACCUUCGCAGCUUUGUUGGGUCCCAGAAGCUGAAGCCUCUCACCGCCACGUUAUUCAGGACGAAGUGGGACGAGAGCAUGGCAGGUGUCUUGGAGCGGGCUGGAUUGAAGGACCAGGCCAGCAUUGAGUUCAAGAGGAAGAGGGUCGAGCCGCUGCCGUACAAGAGGCGGACGGAGCGCAUGCGUUAGAGCGGUUGUACGAUUAUACUCAGUGUUGAAUUAGCGAGGAAGAUGGCUGUAAGUAUAUGGUGAGUGUACUAUACACUGCAGUUUGCAGAAGUAACAUAUUGGUCGAUG